UCACAGGAAAGGAAGGAGUUGUAGAGAGGAGAGAGACGAACCACACCACGAUAAAUAAAAGGUCAAAGAAGAACGUGCUCGUCGAAGCCACCACCAUUGUAGGGAAGAAGCUUUGUACGUCCGUCCGACGGUGAAUCUCGAUCAACCUUUGUCUCCUCCUAUUUGAAAGGAUAUCUGAUACCUAGCUUUAAUAUAUAAAUCCCUUUUGUCAUUUUCCAACGAUUCUUCAAUGGCCGCUCCACCUGCAAGGGCUCGGGCCGAUUACGAUUAUCUUAUAAAGCUCCUCCUCAUUGGUGACAGUGGUGUGGGUAAGAGUGCGCUUCUCCUGCGUUUCUCUGAUGGCUCUUUCACCACGAGUUUUAUUACCACAAUUGGAAUUGACUUCAAGAUUAGAACCAUCGAGCUAGAUGGAAAACGCAUCAAACUCCAAAUAUGGGAUACAGCUGGCCAGGAACGAUUUCGAACCAUCACCACUGCUUACUAUCGUGGAGCCAUGGGUAUCCUGUUGGUGUAUGAUGUUACAGAUGAAUCAUCCUUCAAUAACAUUAAGAAUUGGAUUCGCAACAUUGAGCAACAUGCUUCUGACAAUGUGAACAAGAUACUGGUAGGAAACAAGGCUGACAUGGAUGAAAGCAAAAGGGCUGUACCCACUGCCAGGGGCCAAGCACUUGCUGAUGAGUAUGGGAUUAAAUUUUUUGAGACUAGUGCAAAAACUAAUUUGAACGUGGAGCAAGUUUUCUUUUCGAUAGCAAGGGAUAUAAAACAAAGGCUUGCAGACACAGACACCAAGCAAGAGCCUCAAACGAUCAAGAUCAAUCAAGUAGAUGCUGCAUCCGGAACUGGCCAACUGGCACAAAAAUCUGCAUGCUGCGGCUAAGUGAUGGCAAAAGAA